AUGGUCGUGCUAGAAUCUAGCUGCUCUUUUCCAGAGCGGCCGUGGGAUGUUGCUAUUUGGCACAACCUUUACAGGGACGAAUGGACAGACCUCGAGCUACACAAGGGCCCUCCUAACGAUGUUCCCAUAGCAGUUAGCGAAAAAUCAGCGAAAGAAUGCUUCCGAUAUUCCUUUACUGCCGAGAUACCCUUUCCUCCAAGUGGGAAACAUGCGGCUUUUACUAUUAAGUAUAGAACAGACACAAGCGCCAAAUGGCAGUGGAUGAAUGAACAAUUCGGAACAAAAGAUGGGGAGAUUAUUAUUGAACCAUACGACCUACCAUCAAAAUGGAAUCCUCGGAGCCUGGAUAAAUAUUUGCUUUCGCUGAAUACAGAUUUCGAUAUUAAGCCUCAGCGAAGCGAAGCUCCGGGUGCUUUGCUUUGGACUAUUACCGGCCAAAUUGGGCCCGCUGUUAAUAGGGAAAGCAAGACGACCAACAUGAUACUCGGGAUGCCGAAUGAAUUUGUUCGAACAUUUUCUCUAGUUCGAAUGUGGGCACCAUGGCUUGCUCCACGGCACGGAGCUGCCAGCUUUAAUCUGAAUGAGGACUCUAUACUUUCAUCUUUUGUUUAUAAAGAUGGAGUUGUUCUUGUUCUGCUGGCCGUGAGCGGUAUUGAUAAUGUUUCGACUGUUUUUCGAUCUGGCCCUGGGGGUGACAUCAUCGUAUUUUCUCAGAAUGACGACAAUCACGAAUCGAAGACUCAAGUACUUGCCGCUACUGCGUCCUCGUUUGAAAUUGCGGUGGCUUCCGUUAUAUAUGAAGCUCGGAAAAUGAUGCGGAGUUACUCGACGAUUUCACAUGAUAUACCAUUGCAGGGAGACGAGCCAAAGGCCCAAUGGUUUUCAGAGUGGUAUGACGGGCUAUCAUAUUGCACAUGGAAUGCCCUUGGUCAAAACUUGACCGAGGAGAAAAUAUUAAACGCUCUCAAGCCUCUCAAAGAACAUGGCAUCGGAAUCUCUAAUCUUAUCAUUGAUGAUGGAUGGCAAUCUCUGGAUAAUAAGAACCAGUCACAGUUUAAACGUGGUAUGACAAGAUUUGAAGCGGAUGAACAAGCAUUUCCACAUGGACUUCGACAAACAGUUUCUAGAAUCCGUCAGGAGAACCCAAACAUUAAGCAUAUUGCCGUAUGGCACGCCUUGAUGGGUUAUUGGGGGGGUAUCUCGCCAAAUGGCGAUAUUGCCACAAAGUACAAAACAAUUGAGGUUGAGCGAACCGACAGAGCGGCAGAUAGCAAGACGGUCAUUAUUGAUCCAGAUGACAUAUCCCGGUUUUAUACCGACUUCUACUCCUUCUUGUCGUCUGCAGGCAUAGACUCCGUCAAGACCGACGCACAGUUCUUCUUGGACAUAUUGAAGGACGCAAAUAUUCGGAAACGCUGCAAGAGCCAUAUCCUGCAUGUCCCAGGUACCCCGGAUAAUUUUCCACUCCCAGCUCCCAAGCAACAAACCGCGUCUUCUGCUGAGAAACUCAGAUGA